CGGAGCGGGGAGAGGGGAGAGGGGCUUCGGGCGGGAGCUGGGAGCGGGUCGGCAGCGGGAGCCGAGCGCGGAGCUGUGCUGCCGGACUCGUCCCUCCGGCUUUGCGCCGCUUAGGCUGUAAUUUGCCGGCUCUGUACGCUCUUCUUCUCCUGCCUGAUUUCACUCCUUUAAUUCUUUUUAAGCGUCUACUAGAAAGUGCAUGUACGUAAAGAGAGUUCCCUCUACAUCUGCAUUCCGCAAUCGUAUUCAUUCUCAAAGCUUACGAUGCUAAUUAUUUGCAACACAAGGUUCUUUUUGCCGUUCCUUUGUGUCAGACCCACAAAACAGGUUGCUGUUCGGGCUAUUUACUUAUUUGUCUCGUUUCUCUAAACUUCUCCCAGCUCCCAAACGCGUGCCCUUACUGCUCAGCCGCGGUGCCUCUCCUGUUUACAGCUCUGGAUGCUCUCUUGCACAUGGAUGAAUUACCUUCAGCACAGUAAAUUGCUUCCCGGCCCCUCCCGAAACGUGUUCAGACUUUCAGAACGGGGGCGAAUCGAGCUCUCCUGUCGAAUAAUUUCUUUGCAGGCUUCUGUGCGUCUGCAUUUAAAGCAAGUCAAGCCCAUUUCCCUUUCUAAAUCUCUGCUGUUGUGUGCGCUGUGUUUCCUGCUGAAGAGUAAGUUAGGCUGGAACCUGCUGCUGGACAGCUUUCCAGUCUUUCACGCUGGAAGAAGUCCAGCAAUGCGGUCUCUGCUGACUCCAGCUUUACCUGUGCAGGACUGCUGUUUGUGAGCGUGUGCGGGAGCACUGGGAGCUGCGGGGCCACCGCAGGUUUGUGCUCUGUGUCUGGCAGCCGCAGGGAGUGGUGCCCAGCCCGGCACCAUGAGCUCCGGCACCACCGCCUCAGUGAGGGUGGUCAGCAGCCUCGCCAACACUGACGUCAACUAUGUCAUCAAAGAGCACUAUAAUUAUACGGGAAAGCUAAAUGAGAAUGCGGACAGUGGAAUAAAAGUGACGUCGGUGGUUUUUAUCAUCAUUUGCUGCUUUAUAAUCUUAGAGAACAUUUUUGUCUUGCUCACCAUCUGGAAAACCAAGAAAUUUCACAGACCGAUGUACUAUUUCAUUGGGAACCUGGCUCUUUCAGACUUGCUGGCUGGCGUGGCUUACACCGCCAACCUCCUGCUCUCUGGACACAAAACUUACAGCCUCACCCCUUCCCAGUGGUUCGUAAGGGAGGGCAGCAUGUUUGUCGCCUUGUCAGCUUCUGUGUUCAGCUUGUUGGCCAUCGCCAUUGAGAGAUACAUCACCAUGCUGAAGAUGAAGCUCCACAAUGGCAGCAACAGCUUCCGCUCCUUCCUGCUGAUCAGCGCCUGCUGGGUUAUCUCUGUGAUACUCGGAGGGCUCCCGAUCAUGGGCUGGAACUGCAUCAGCCUCUUGUCCAACUGCUCCACGGUGCUGCCGCUCUACCACAAGCACUAUAUUCUCUUUUGCACCACAGUUUUCACUGGCCUGUUGCUAUCUAUUGUUGUCCUCUAUUGCAGGAUCUACUCCAUGGUGAGGACUAGGAGCCGCAGGCUGACAUUUCGAAAAAACAUUACCAAAGCUACCAGGAGCUCAGAAAAGUCACUAGCCUUGCUCAAGACAGUGAUCAUAGUCCUGAGUGCCUUCAUUGCUUGCUGGGCUCCGUUGUUCAUCCUGCUUUUACUGGAUGUGGGCUGCAGAGUGAAGACCUGCCCGAUCCUAUAUAAAGCAGAGUAUUUCUUAGUGCUAGCCGUGCUCAACUCAGCCACGAACCCUAUCAUCUACACCUUAACAAACAAAGAAAUGCGGAGGGCUUUCAUCAAGAUUCUGUGCUGCUGCAAAUGUCCCCCCACAGACUCGGGGACUAAAUUCAAGAGGCCCAUCAUUGGAGGGAUGGAGUUCAGCCGGAGUAAGUCUGACAAUUCCUCCCACCCACAGAAGGAGGAAGGCGACCGUCCUGAAACCAUCAUGUCUUCAGGCAAUGUUACCUCAUCUUCUUAGGAGUGACCGUGGAGGUGUGUUUAGAGCCUUCCUCUGAAACUGGGAGCCGAAGCGCCUCCUGCUCGCUGUGGCAGUGCUGGGCUGAGGAGCAAGUAGCAUUAGUUCUAACGAGGCCAAUGGUGCACUUGCGAGGCCAGAGUUCAAGAAAUGGGACAUGUUGUUCUGGCUCAAAAAUCUAUUUCCCUGGAGCAUGUUUUGUCUUUGCUCUGAGGCAGCUCAGGAUUGUCAGGCGCAUUCAUAUCCUGAAAUCUCCUUAGUAACUCUGAAAGACUGAUGCCUUGGGGAAGUGAUGCCUGGUGUGUGCAAGAGAAUGAGAGUGGGGGAAGAGGCAAAGGGAGAAUUAAUCUUUUUUUUUUUUUUCCCCUGUGAGAAGAAUGUGAAUUUAUUUUUCCUUUACUUGCAGCAAACCACUGACACAAAGCUCUUUCUGUACUGGGUUUAGUGAUGGCCUGUAUAGUUGGUCAGAAAUGUUUGUUUAACGCGUAACAAGGAAAGAGAUUGUGCAGGUAUAAUUUAGACCACGUGCAGCCAUAAUUUGACAUCACCUUCCAGAGUUUUUAGGUAAAUAGUAAGGUUUUAUUUGCAGAGUCCAAAGCUGUUGUAGUUUUAUUUAGCAAGAGCAUAGCUGUGAAUUUUUGUUGGUGGUCCGUAUUACAUUUGAAGACCAAGAGCCAGACUCUGUAGUUACGCUCACUUAUACAAUUCCAUGACUGCGUCAGAUUUCGUGGAGUAGCUCAGAGCAGCGUUUGGCCCCACACAUUGUUUGCCAUGUUGUUAUAUAGCAUUAAAUAAACUGCAUUAUCAUGACAAAAUGCGAGGUAGAACUAGAGGUCAUUUCUCAUAAAGAUGAUGGAGAGUAAAUCUAAUAGAAUAAAAUACUGUUGACAACAGCAGGAUUUUUACUGAGGUAAAAAGAGCUAAAAACUGAAGGCAAAGGUCAGUGUCAGGUGACAAAGGCAAAAGGUAAAGAUCAGCCACAUCAUCAGAAAAGAAAGUUCUAAGUUUCAAAAAAGUAAGAUUUCAAGUGAAAUGACUAUAGAUAAAUGCACUUCCAUAACAAAAUGCAACACAUUUUAGCACAUUUUAUUAAUGUUCAUAAUUGCAGCAAAGAUGUCUUAUUUUAUCAGUUCAUGGGUUUAUGGAAGAAGUGCCUGUUGUUAAAAUGAAUGUAUUUGUUUUACAGUAUCAUUUUUACUUCUCUGGUUUUCUAACUUGUGCUAAUGGGGUUGAAUGUGUACAAUGUAAAUAAGUUAAUGGGAUACAGGAGUCUUCAUACACCUAGAAUAUUUCAGUAACAAAAGUGGUAUAUCUGGGAUAGCUGAGAGUAAUUGACUGAUUUACAGUUACGGACAACUCCUAGAAGUGGUAUUUUGUAAAAAAAAAAAAAAAAAAAAAAAAAAAAAUUGCUUUUGUAGUAAAAUUUCCAGUGCAAUUAAACAGAUUUUUUUUUUCUGGUUUAAAAAAUAGUAUUUAAUAUGUUUCUGACUUUUAUUGUUCAAUUUGCACAUAGCUUUAUUGACUUCUAAACAUUAAUAAACUGAUUUUUGUAAAGA